AGUUGCAUCAUCGAGUCCCUCUCCGUUCCUGUGUGCAUGAAAAUUGUCGACUGCGAUUUCUGGAUACAGACAUUUCGAUAUUUCCAGAGCGCGGUGGACAAGGUGAAAGAUCGCUCUGCAUUCAUUCAUUCAUUCAUUGAGUCAGUCCGGAGUGAGUGAGGGAGGAAGGAUUCUACUUCUUCUUCUUCAUCAUCAGCAGCAGCAGCACUGCGUGCAUUGAUUUUGAUCUGCAGCAGCGGUGGUUGAGCAUGAUUCUCUCCAAGGCGCGCUCAUCAUCAUCUCAUGGCGAGAGAGGGAAAGUCCACAGCGGGACACACAGCAAAGCUGCAUGUAUCCCCGACUUCGGACAGCUUCUGGAAGCGCGAGAUUACAAGGGCGCCAUUACCGUCCUCCAAUUCAAGCGCAUGGACGCAGGUGGAAGGAUGCGAUAAGAGAACUUUGGAAUGGCUGGCUUACGCGCACUUCCACCACGGAGAGCAUGAUAAAGCGCUGGUGUUGUACAAGGAGCUGCUCAGUGUCCUUGAUGCCGACCCUAAUUAUCACACAUACUCGUCUGCGUGCCUCUUCUACUUGGCGAACUAUGAUGAAGCCAAACAAGCUGCAUUGAGAGGUCCCGAGAGUCCAUUGCAGAAGCGCAUACUGCUUCACAUAGCGCAUCACCAGAAUGACGAGAUUAAGUUGCUGGAAUAUCACAACAGUUUAGGGGAGAAACAUGAAGACCAAUUAAGCUUGGCAUCAAUCCAUUUUCUUCGAACUCAAUAUCAAGAAGCUAUUGAUAUCUACAAAAAUCUCCUGCUCAAGAACAGAGGCUGGCUGGCACUAAAUGUUUUUAUUGCGUUGUGCUACUGCAAUAUGGAUUUAUACGACGUGAGCCUUAAGGUUUUGGACAUGUACUUACAGGUACAUCCAGAGAGCCCAUUGGCAGUUAACAUCAAGGCAUGCAAUAAUUAUAAGCUGUGCAAUGGGAGCAUAGCAGAAGAAAACUUGAAAUCUUUGCAGGAUACACUGAAAAUCGCCCCUAUCGAGAAUUAUCUUGUGAAUCACAACAUAGUUGUCUUCCGCAACGGCGACGGAGCUUCGCAGGCUUGGCCACGGAUGCUUGGUAUUCUGCCGGAGGCUCGCAUGAACCUGGUAAUCUACCACUUGAAGCAUGGGGAAAUUCAAGAUGCGUACAGCAUGGUCAAGGACUUCGAAGCAACAACUCCACAAGAGUACAUUGUGAAGGCCGUGACUUGCGCAAGCCUAGGACAACAGAUGGAAAAUCCAGACCUACUAAAACAAGCCCAGCAGUAUUUUCAGUUGGUAGGUGCAUCGGCUAGUGAGUGUGACACUAUUCCAGGGCGUCAGUGCAUGGCCUCUUGCCACUUUCUUCUCAAGCAGUUCGACGAUGCUCUAAUUUAUCUCAAGUCUAUCAAAGAAUACUCCGAAGAACAGGAUGAAUUCAACUGGAACUACGGACUCGCAUUAGCAGCUUCAGGUGCGUACAAGGAAGCAGAGGAGGCAUUAUUGCUGAUUUGUAGUGAAGAUUUUCUUAGUGACUACUAUUACCAAGCAUGGCUUUCCUACUGUUACAUUGCCACCGGCAAAGCAAACCUUGCUUGGGAAAUCCAUUUACGCACAGCUGCUCCUAGUCCAUCCUUCAGUUUGCUGCUGCUAAUUGCCAAUGAGUGCUAUAAAACGGGACAGUAUUUGUAUGCCGCUAAGGCGUUUGAUCUGCUUGGGCAAAUGGAAGAUUCCCCUGAAUUUUGGGAAGGUAAAAGGGGAGCUUUGGUUGGAGUUUUUCAAAAGGUAGUCUCUGGCGAUGAGCCCAAGGAGAGACUCUUGGAUAUCCUGACUCUUCUCAAAAACUCGAACACGUCCGAGGCUGAAAUAAUUGUGCGCGUCAUCAAAAAAUGGGCGGAGUUGGCAAGCGCGUGAUUCAGCUGAGUAAAUUUGACUCAAUGCAAUUAAAUAUCAAUUAUCAAGUUCCUAUGUUGGAUUACAUUGAAAUUCUUGAAACAUGUGAACGGGAAAUUGUAUCAAAUACUGCUUAUAAAUCUCGAUCGAAUGAACGUGUAACUGAUUCCCCAUACAAUUCCAUCACAACGAGGUUUAAUACUAGGUUUUACAGUAUCUUACCAUCAUUCAGAAACUAAUCACAUGUUUAAAUGAAGUCAUUGCACAAUGAUAUUUGUCUCAAAGAGAAUAGUAUGAAUUGUAAAAAAUGGCACACUUUUCUCAAUGAAAUGUGGAAUAGAAGUCAAAUGUCUUGCAUUGAUUUGGACACCAAACAAAGUUUGGUAUUUACAUGUUUAAGCGAGUUGCUAAUUUGGUGAGCUAUCUUAAAAGGUGGCACCAAUUUUCUUGUACUGGUAUCUUCCAUUCUUUGGUAGGUUUGUAUUGAGUGGAUGCAAAGAAAACUUGAACGAAAUCUAUUUAUGUGAUAGAUAGAUGGAAAUGAAAGAUUAUAAAAGGUGAUAGUUGAUGUGGAUUCUUAUGUAGCCAAAUUGGAUUUAUGUAUAUGAUUAAUAAGCAACACUCUUUUUUUCAUGUUAAUUAUCAAGUAAGGAAUUAUAAUGUUCUUCCUAUUUUUAAGUGCC